AUGCCAGUUCUAACUUGUUUGAUGGUCAUAAGUCCUUUCUUUACUGAAUUUGAUGUCGAAAUAGCAUCUAUUAGCUCGGUGGCUAAAAUUGACUUGCCCUAUAUGCAUCCGCACAACUACUCCCCAACUACCCAGAUCGUCAAUCGCAGUUCUUCUCAUAGAAACAAGAAAAUAAAAGGAAGAGGAGAGGGAGAAAUGGGUUCAUCGUUUCGAGGCCAAUAUAGAACAGGAAAGAUGGUGUACAGGGAACUUGUGAAAGCGGUGAGGAAGCACAUUGGAAAACAAGAACAUAAUUCCCAUUUCACUGAUUUCAUCAAGCAAGAAUUCAGAAAUCGUGUCAAUUCUGAGAACCCAACAAAAUUGAAGCUUGCGCAUGAUUACACAGUCUAUCUCAACAGUGUUCAUCAUCACAAGUUUUAUUUCAAAGAUGUUGCUAGCUGUGAUGAAGCAAAGCAGGAAAUCAUGGAGUUUGUUCACUUCUUAAAGAAUCCUAAGAAAUAUUAG